CUUCCGAUAAAGUUGACUUCAUGGGUUUUAGCUCACGAUAUGUGCCAGAGCAUCCUAACGGUUCUUAUGAAGAUGUAGUGAAAGAAUUUAAAGAAUCACAAGCUAAAAUGUUUAAUCGUGAAGAAAUGGAAAUCGUCCGAAUGGCUUUUGAUAGGGAAUUUCAAGACCCAAGUGAUCUUUUGAAAAGGUUCAAGGAUUUCAUAAAUGAAUGUUCAUAUAAUUACAGAAAGACAGGAAAUUAUUACGCUCCGUACACGACCUUAAUUCAAGCUAGUGGCGUAGGAAAAUCAAAAUUAUUAAAGAAAACUGCAGAAGACAUUAGAACCAUAUACUGCUGUUUUCGUGACCAAAAUUCAAGUGGCUAUCCACCAAGAUCAUAUAUUGCCGAUGUACUAUUAUCUAAGUUUAGAGAUGAAAAUGAUGCUUUAUCCACCUACCUUGCUUAUUUUUGCGCAUGUGCUCGAAAAUCACAGGAAUUCAAAGAUUCAAAGGAAUGGUUCGAAGAGCAUACUUCUGAAGAUUUGCAGGAGGUUUUCUGGAAGGACGUUGAACGUAGAAUGAAUGAUAUUAAAAAAAUACUGUUAGAUGAGCCUAAGGAAGACGAAAAAAAAGCUAAGGCAGUUAAGGAAUACUUUGAUAAAAUGAAAAAUGAAAAUAUAUUGACGCAAGACAAUACAGUUAGAUGUCUAUUCGCGUUUGAUGAGGCCCGUAUUCUGGUCGAUCAAUCUG